AGAAAAAUAGUACUUUGCCACUUGAGUCAUAUGAUUGAGUUUCCUUUGGCGCGGACGCCAAAAACAAAUACAUGAGGGGAAUAAGCAAAUAUUUAUUUGUCUAUAAAAUUCUAUGUAAUUAAGGCCACUCGUUUUCUUGAUUUGUAAAGGAAGAGAUCGAUCAAAGCAACUAAGAAAGAACCCACUCAAGAACUACAUCAUCUUUGAGCUUCAUAGAGGUGAAAUGUCUCCUAGUCCAUAGAAUGAACUGAGAUCACAUUCCGUUUGCAGCAAAAUAAUAUGAUUUCAGAGCUUGGAUAUAAGAGUUAUAUCACAAUGAUCACCUUGUGGUCAUGGUGGUGGGAAGUCAAUAAUGAACAAGAUAAGCUUGCUCGUACGAUUCUCACCAUAUUUGUUGCAACACUAGUACUACUAUGGUACAAAUGGAUGUUCUCAUAUUCCAAAGAGGGCACAACGGCUCUCUUGCCACCCGGCCCCAAAGGCUUACCAGUUGUAGGGUAUCUUCCAUUCCUCGGUUCCAACUUACAUGAAGUAUUCACCAUGAUAGCUCACAAAUACGGCCCCAUCUUCAGCUUGCAACUUGGAAGUAAGUUUCAUGUUGUAGUGAACUCUGUGGACCUAGUAAAGGUUGUGGCUCGUGACUUGGACCAAACCUUUGCUAACCGUAUUCCUCCACUUACAGCAUUUUCUAUCACUUACGGAGGUCAAGAUGUGGCAUGGUCCAACAACUCACACUGGCGUAAUAUGCGUAAGCUAUUGGUCAGCCAAGUGUUGAGCAAUGCAAAUAUGAAAGCGAGUCAGAAUUUUAGAACACGUGAAGUGAGAAAGAUUGUGAAUAAAGUUUAUGGUAAUAUUGGGAAUAGGAUCAAUAUAAACCAUAUUGCUUUCAAGACUGAGGUUAACGUUGUGACUAGCAUGUUAUGGGGUUGCAGCAAAUCUGGUGAACCGGAGGAUUAUAGCUAUAUUGGAGACGGGUUUAGAGAAGUGGUUUUCAAGAUAAUCGAAUUAAUUGGAGAACCAAAUAUUUCUGAUUUUAUUCCAAUACUUUCAUGGUUCGAUCUACAGGGAAAACAGAGAGAAAUGCUGAAGCAAAAGCAAAAUGUGGACAUGAUCUUGGACAAUAUUAUCGAAGAAAGAAUCAAUGCCAACUCUGGGAAAACUGAUGGAGCUGAAAGAAAAGAUUUUCUGCAGAUCUUAUUAGAUCUUAGAGAACAGAAUGCUGCUGUAACAUCAAUAAACAUCGACCAAAUAAAGGCCUUACUAAUGGACAUACUGGUUGCAGCAACAGACACGACAUCUGCAAUGGUCGAAUGGGUGAUGGCAGAGAUUUUGCAUAAUCCUAGUGUGAAAACAAAGAUUCAGGAAGAGUUAACGACGAUUAUCGGCAUGAACAGUAUUGUGGAUGAGUCUAGACUCCCCAAAUUAACAUAUUUGGAUGCAGUGAUCAAGGAGACUUUUAGACUACACCCUCCACUUCCCCUCCUAAUCCAGAGAUGCCCAAAUAAAUCGGUCAAGGUGGGCGGCUACACCAUCCCAAAGGAUACCAUUGUCUACAUGAACACUUGGGCUAUCCACAGAGAUCCCCAAAACUGGACUAAUCCAUUGGAGUUCAAGCCUGAGAGGUUUUUUGAUGAUAAAUGGGAUUACAGUGGAAACGAUUUCAAGUUUUUACCAUUUGGAUCAGGAAGAAGAAUUUGCCCUGGGAUACCCUUGGGUGAAAAGAUGUUAACAUACAUAUUAGCAUCGCUGUUGCAUUCUUUCGAGUGGAGGUUGCCCAAAGAUGAAGUGUUUGAACUUUCCGAUAAGUUUGGAUUUGUGAUGAAGAAAAGGAAACCCCUAAUAGCUAUACCGUCUCAAAGAUUAUCUGAUGAAAGCCUCUACCUAUACAUGGGAUAAAUAAUACACUAUAUGUUUUUAGAUUGAUAUGUGUUGUUUGAUUAGUCUAGCUCUAAAGGUAACCCUUUAAUACUUAUUGUGUAUGUUGCUUUCAUUUGGAAAUGUAUUGUAGAUAAAUAAAUAAAAAACUGAAAUGGUAUUGUAUAACUGAUACUGAUUAAUAGAUAAUAUGUUUGUCGAUUGAAAUGUA